CUUCUGUGUGUGUGUGUGUGUGUGUGUGUGCAAGCCGCUGCUCUCCACCACCAGCUGGCUGUAGUGUAAACAAAUAAGUUGUCAAGUCUCGCUAUCGAACUGGAGCGUUGACGACAGAUGACUUCAGUAAAUUAAGAUCAGUCAUCAUGAGUGGGGACGAGGUGAUGAGGGACAUGCGGGAGCGGUCCAAGUUGCGGCGACAGCUUUUGGCACAGCAGCUUGGUGUGGCUAGUGCUGACAAACUGGGUCAGGCUUUGGGUAACAUUGGGAAGCUGCAGGAGGAUCAGGAGCGUAUCAAGAGGCUCAAGAGGUCCCAGCAGCAGGAUGAGCUGGAGGGAGAGGAAGCUGCUAACAUGGUCUACACAGAUUCCUCAACUUUUCUUAAGGGUACACAGUCAGCAAACCCACAUAAUGACUACUGCCAGCAUUUUGUGGACACUGGUCAGCGGCCACAAAAUUUCAUCAGGGAUGUUGGCCUUGCUGAUAGAUUUGAAGAGUAUCCAAAGCUCCGGGAACUUAUUAAGCUUAAGGAUGAUUUGAUAGCAGCAACAGCCACUCCUCCUAUGUACCUUCAGACAGACUUGCAAACCUUUGACCUCCAUGAACUGCCCACCAAAUUUGAUGUAAUCCUGGUGGAGCCACCACUGGAAGAAUACCAGCACACAGGUGUCACCAAUGUGCAGUUUUGGGAUUGGCAGAAGAUUAUGGACUUAGAUAUUGCUCAGGUAGCUGCACCUCGUAGCUUUAUUUUCUUAUGGUGUGGGUCCUCAGAGGGCCUUGACCUGGGGCGACAGUGCCUCCGUAAGUGGGGCUUCCGGCGCUGUGAGGAUAUCUGUUGGAUCCGUACUAAUAUUAACAACCCUGGACACCUCAAGAAUCUUGAACCGAAAGCCGUCUUCCAGAGAACCAAGGAACAUUGCCUAAUGGGAAUAAAAGGCACAGUGAGAAGGUCAACAGAUGGAGAUUUCAUCCAUGCCAAUGUUGAUAUAGACCUUAUCAUUUCUGAAGAGGCUGAGUAUGGCUCACUAGAGAAACCAGUUGAGAUAUUUCACAUCAUUGAACACUUUUGCCUUGGGCGUCGAAGGCUACAUGUGUUUGGACGUGACAGCACCAUCCGUCCUGGCUGGCUCACUUUAGGACCAGGACUCACAAGUAGCAACUUUGACCCUGACGUUUAUGCCGGCUACUUUGCAUCUGGGCAGAUCACGACAGGCUGCACUGAGCGUAUUGAGGCUCUCCGUCCCAAAUCUCCUCCCCCCAAGGUGAAAGGAGGGCCAGGGGGCAGAGGAAGAGGAGGAAUGUCGUCCCGUGCUGGUUUUACCCGUGGGCGAGGUAGAGCAAGAUAGUAAUAGUAGUAGUAGUGGAGAGUUAGACAAUGGGAUCAUAGUGUAGUUGAAUUGUAUGUAAUGUGACAAGUUCCAGUGGUGUGCAGCCUUCAUUUAUGGCUUGAACUUUAACAUUUUUGCCAUAUUAUCUCAUGUUUUGGUGGGAAAAUUCUCUGUAACUUUUUUUUAUGAAUAGCAUAUUUACAAAGCACAUUCUUAAAUUGAAUUAUAUACAUAAUUCAAAAGCCAAAGAAACUCUUUGGAGAAGAUAUGAAAGAGAGAGAGAGAGAGAGAGAGAGAGAGAGAGAGAGAGAGAGAUGGUAGUGAUAUGCAGGAAAAAUAGAUGCAUUAGAUUCAAGGAGACAAUUUCCUGUCACAUGAGUAGAUAGGGUAGCUGACAAUUAAAAGUGAAAAAAAAAAAAAAAAAAUGGAGAAAGUAAAAAGCCUGGAGGGAGCAGGGAUGAAUUAUACCCGAGGGAACAAAAAAGACUAUGCCACUUAGGGAGUUCAAAUGAAGAGACAUCUAAAUAGACUGACAGGUAAUUAUUUUUAGAAAGUUAAAAAUUAGGGUAAUUUGGAAUUUUAAAUCUUCAGAGUCAGUCUUUUAGCAAACAACCUAGGAACCUAAGACACUUAAUUCCAGAUAUUUGAAUAAACGGACAAUAGCUGCUUUGAAAUUAUACAUUCUCAUAUUUUAAUGUGUAUAACAUUAUAACACACACACUCACACACACACACACACACACACACACACACACACACACACACACACACACACACACACACACAGCAGUAACAAGAGAUUAGUAUUAUACAUUCAAUUUUAGUUUUAAGAAAGUAACUUAUUUGUGAAUCAGAGUUCACAUAAACAAAUUUAACCUGGGACCAAAAUACAUUAUAUUCAUCAUGCUUUAGAAUAAGGCAGUAAAGUAUAAAAAAUCCUUUCAUCGUUUUUGUGCUCUGCCAUCUCUCAUUGAUCUUGCUAACCAUGAAUGCACUGAAAGGUAAAAAUGUGACUGAGGAGCAAUUGGCCACUUUAAAAUAAGUUGGAAAGGGUAAGCAACUAAUUACUAUAAGAGACUAUUGCUGAGGAAUAGUUAUAUUAAAACUAAUGUAAAGAUAUAAAUAGCACUGAAGGCUGAAUGGAUAAGAAGACAAUAACACAAUGUCAUUGGUCUCAGUUGGGUCCACUGAGUGGGAUUACACAUCUAUCUAUUUUACAUAUUAUAAGGCUGAUAUCUUACAGUCAUGGUAUUACAUUACAUUCAUCGAAGUCCUCCAGUCCUCAGAUCUCUAAGGGAGAGCGGGCCAAUUAAUAUUUGCACCAACCUAUCCAAGACUAAGAGGGUGAAUGAUACAUGUAUCGUACAUAUUUUAACCCAACCUGCUUAUCACAGCAAAUAAUGAUAAGAAUCUCAUUUCAAGCUUAAGUCUCUAUGGGCCAUAUAAUUACAAACAGUUGCUAAAAACUGUGCAAUAACUUCUCAAUACAAUACAAGGGCAGAAUCUUUAAGCCUUCAAUGUAGAAAAAAAAAAUUUUGCUUCACCUAUUAGAUAAUUAUCUGGACAAAAACUUUCCCCACAUCUCUACCAUCAUGACAGCACAGAAUUCUUUCAGUAUUUUAACUGAUUCAUCUUUGUCACCUUUAGCUAGUGCACUGCCUUACUCUUUUCUUCCAUCCAGUGACUGAUUAUUUUCGAGAAGGGAACAUCAAAGCUGUUGAAACAGACUUGCAUUUUUAGAACUCUUGCUCAUUUUGUAGGACACCACUAAGUCAGUCUUCUUUUGGAGAUGAUGGCUAAGCUACAAACUGUUUGCAGCAUGAUGUGAUUUACUGCAGAGGAACUUUGUGAAAUUAUAAUGUUUUCAAUAUGUGGGGAUCUAGGUACUGCUGUAUAAUUAAAGACACAAACAUAAGAGAAAAGACCAAUGCAUUUUAAACAACAGAAUAAAUUAAUUUAAAUAUUUUAUUGGAUAUGAGCAAACCUAUGGCUGUCUGAUGCUGACUUGUUAACAGAAAAUUGAGAACUGUUACAUAGAACCUUUGUAAGAAAAUUGUCAUUUUAUAUUUUUCUUAUGAAGUUACAAACACUUUUAACAAUAAAAUUAUACUUCAAUG